AUGUGCAAAUCUCGGGUGGGCAUAAUUCUCGCGCUGCUGCUGCAGCUGGUCAGGAACAGCUCGUCGCAGCUGGAGAUGAACCGAUUUCUGCCGGAGCUGUGCGUCUUUGCCGAGCCGACCUGCCCCAAUACGCGCAUCAGCUUCUGGCUGUACACCAAAGCCACGAGAGAUGAACCCAUUCAACUGGAUCCGCUGAAUCCGGCCGCGGAACUGUUUGAGCCACGUUUGCCGCUGAAAAUCCUCAUACACGGCUUUGUGGGCAAUCGCAGCCAGACGCCCAAUCUGGAGGUGCGCGAUGUGCUGUUGCAAACGCAGCCGGUGCAUGUCAUCUCGGUGGACUAUGGCAGCCUGGUGCGCUGGCCCUGCUACUAUCCCUGGGCGGUGAGCAAUGCGCCCGUGGUCUCAAAAUGCCUUGCACAGUUUAUUGACAGUCUCUUGGCCGCCGGCAUCUAUCGACGCGAGCAGCUGCAUCUGAUUGGCUUCAGUCUGGGCGCCCAGGUAGCGGGCAUGACGGCCAAUUAUGUGCGAGAGCCUCUAUCACGCAUUACGGGCCUGGAUCCGGCCGGGCCCGGCUUCAUGAACAACUGGCCACACGACAGGCUCGAUCGCACCGAUGCGGACUUUGUGGAUGUCAUACAUACAGACCCAUUCUUCUUCUCCAUGCUGCCCGCCAUGGGACAUGCCGAUUUCUAUCCGAAUCUCGACCAGUUUCGUCAGCACGGCUGCAGCUACAUCAAUGAAUGGCGCUUCUACAACUGCAAUCACUUUCGCGCCGCUGUCUACUACGGCGAGUCCAUUGUCAGUCAACGCGGCUUCUGGGCGCAGCAGUGCGGCGGCUGGAUGCAUUACUUCACCCAGCGUUGUGGCCUCUACUCGGAUAUGCCCAACACACAAAUGGGCUACUUUGUCUCGGAGAACGCCUCCGGCUCCUAUUUUCUGAGCACUAAUGCGGAACCUCCCUUUGCCAAGGGACCGCUCAUCGAUGUGGUCAUUGAAGUGGCGGAGCUUUAA